GUGAACAUACUAUGUUGACAGUUGUCAAUGUUGGCUUGCUAGCCAGAUAAAUUACAAUAAAAUGCUGAUUUCUCGGCGUCUAACCUGACAAGUCUGAAUAUUUUUUUAGCAAGCUAACGUUAGGUAGCGUUAGUGCACUGCAGCAAAAGACACGCGAAUGCUUUCCGCAGCAUUGUCAAAUUCCGCCUACUUUGACUCUGUUACGGAAGUAGCUAAUAGCUAACCUUGGGCUUAUGCUCUAUUCCAUGCUGGUUUAAACUGAUGUGUGUGAUGUAGCUGGUGUGUGCUGAGUGCAGCGAUUGCGUGUUUUUUUCGUCUGUGCAUCUGUACCAGGUUUCCGGACAAGUGAACACUUUGGUUUCAAAAAUCCUCGCCAGAUCACUCAGUGUGCACGCAUGUCAGUGAUGGAGAAAUUGGAAGCGACUUCUGAACUUCAGUCCCGAUUGUCGUCCCUGUCUGUAUCAUCUUUCCCUGGGAUAACGUCGAAAAGCUGCGAGAACAACGCUCAAGACAGGCUUCAGAGCACCGACCUGUCUCAGCAUCCACACAGUGCUGUCGGCAUGCCCCAGAUGGGUGAUGACAAAGGACUUCUGCCGCCCACUGAGAGCAACGAGGACUCUCCCCCCGGGAAGAACAUGGAGGGGGACUCGGAGGUGAUUCAGACUAAUGGGAAGGGGCAGCACACUGGAGAAGGGAAAGCCCCGUUGCCUCCGCUCAAGCCACCCUCCACGUGGACUUCCUUUGCGCUGAAGGAGCUGAAGAACAAGCUGCGAAUGGAGAAGGACAGCGUGGUGACAGUGUAUAGGGGCGACGUCAUGACUGUGCAUGUUCCCACUGUCCCUGAGGCCAAGAAGGUGUGCUGGGAGUUUGCCACCGAUGGCUAUGACAUUGGCUUCGGCAUCUACUUCGAUUGGACACCAGUCACCAGCCGGGCCAUCACAGUGCAGAUCAGCGAAUCCAGCGACGAUGAGGAUGAGGAUGAAGAACUAGAAGGACCCGUGAGUCCUGGGGAUGUAGAGAAGGGAUCCAAGACGUCGGCCAAUUCAAACCUAGGAGAGAUUCUGCCGGUGUAUCGCCAGGACAGCCACUUGGCAGUGCAGGGGGGUAGUCACGAGUUUCCAGGCGAGGGGACAUACCUCCUGAAGUUUGACAACUCCUACUCUCUGUGGCGGAAUAAGACUCUGUACUACAGAGUAUACUACAGUGCCUAAGAACCAUGCUCCUGACUGCAAAUGAAUGUUUGACCUGAAGGACUUCAAAGAUAUCUAUUUUUGAUUCUAUAUAGUAUAUGUUUGGGUUCAGAAGUAGGUCCAUAUACAGUAUAUAUAUUUUGUUGAAAUCAGCUGUCAUUGCUCCUGGAUGUUUGUCUUUGUAUGUGAGACUGAAGAGUGUUUUGGAGGGGGAGAGAAUCAUUUCCAAAUGGAUCAGCAGAGGUGUUGUAGUAUACUUUUAAAGAAAUUGGGAUCAUGGAGCUUUGUGUAUGUGCAAUGUCCCAGUGAAUGUUUUGUGUGCUCUGUGUAAGGAGGUUAUGUCCAGUGCCCAUGUUUAUGAAUUUUAGCUCCUCUUUUUUUAUCAUAACGGUGCUGUCAUAGUGACUAGCAAGUGCAAAUGUAAAAGAGAGACAUUUAAGUGAGUUGCGUAUGUGGAUUAUCAAAUGAAUAUGUCUAAAGAUUCAGGAACUGAGGAGGAAAUGUCUAGAGUGGGACUGGUAGGUCAGAAGCUGAGAGAAGGGUUCGGCUGAUAACCAAUCAUGCAGCUUAAUUUUUACAUCCACCGUCACUGGGAUCCAUUUUCAAAUGAUCAUUAACCUUUUCCAGAAAACACUAUGUUAAUUUGAGUUCCUGUACAUAUAUCUGUAAGUGAUGACAGUGUGGUAAAUUGGCAGUCAUUUAUUUUUAGAGAAUAGCGCUCAUAACCCUUUAAGAUAUGUCUGACAGGCAAGGCCUUAUAUGCCAAAAUCACAAUCUAAUAUAAUGCGUGUGUGCUAACUUAUCACAUUUGACAGGCUCUUUUUUUAAAAAAACAUUUAUGUCAGCAUUUUUUCCCUUGGGACUACUUCAUUUUUGAAGGAAGUUUCUGUUUAGAAAGGCUAAGAGCACAAAAAGUGAAAUCAGGACAGGAUUCAUGCAGCUUACGUAAAGAAAAUGCUGACUGAAUACUGAAGGGGCUUUGGACAUGCUGUUGGAUCAUAAUGUCACAGUCCUUCCCCGGGAAGGCAAAUGGGUGACAUUGCAAAUCUGAGCUGUCCACUAACCAUCUGCUCAUGCAUCAGAAAAGUGCUUCUGUGCCUAAUGCAGAGACACAACUGAUACGUUCAUUCAGAUGUUUUCAGAUGAUCAAUGCUGAAAAGGCCCUUCCAUUACAGUCAGGAAUCUUAAAUCAUGUAUAUUCAGAGCGCAGUGCAAUUGUGACCUGUACUUUGGACGGCCCCAGAGCAGGGCACAACCCGGACACUUAUGCACAUUUCAACAGAAGUGCAAAGUAUCCCUUAUUUCACCUUUUCAGAUAUGGUUUUACAUAUUUCUUUGUACUUAAAUUUGGAGAUUUUGAGCAUUCAUUGAAAACAAGGAAAACAAUAUGGAAAUAUAGUGAGGCAUAUAAUAUUUCCAUCCUCCUUUUUGUCACUCAAGUGAAAGGCAUCUCUUAUCAUACGGAGAGGCUUUAUGUAACUGCUGCUGAUUGUUUCAAUAUUUACACUGGCUUUGUCUGUUUAGUAUAAGAGUAGAGGUUGUUUGACUGGAGGCAGAAAAUAAAUGUAUGCCCAAGAGAUCAUCUGGUUAAGGUCGACAAUCAAAGAAGAAAAUACCUUCCUUGCCACAACAGAUCAUGUUGUUCAUAAUUACAAUAUAAUGUGAUGACAACAGUGACUGGCUUUUGAACAGCCCCCUGAAAGUGCAAUUUUUUUUUUCAUUUCAACUGUCAGAGAUAGUAUGUGUAAUGAUAUUGUGUGUUCAAAGGCUAUUACUUUGUGUAGCUCAUUUUCAUUCCUGAUCAGCUGCUUGCUAAAGAGAAAAGCAUGCACCUUUGCAUUGUCUCCCAAGGACCCCUUGAAGCCAUUGCACCAGUACCUCAGUCACUUGUGCUUGUUUCCAAAGAGGUCAUUUACUUCGUGCUGCUAGAUACAAAAAUCUAAGAGGCUUUCUGUAUUACCUGUGCCCUGUAUUGUACCUUCUUGAGUAUA